AUGUCAUCAGACAGAAUAGCUAAAUCACCAUCACCGAACACGGCAAUUCCCAACGACAAUGAUGAUCAAGGUGUGGAAGUCACUGGCAUCCCACCAAACCAUACUGGCUCAUCUUCAUCUUUAUCUUCCCUGGCAUUUUCACAACGGUUAAACACAACCGAGUCGUCGGCUCUGAGACAAAGACUGCAACAACAACAGCAGCAGCAACUGAGUGGUACCAACGGCAAGCCCGUGACCCAAGACCUAGCAUCAUCAAUCAACUUCAACACAUCAUUCGAUCUACUCGAUUACAAAUCCGUCACUUUAGAAAAUAAAGGAUCAGUAGCUCGUGAUCAUAUGGCCAAUGAACGUACUUUCUUAGCUUGGUUACGUACAUCACUUGCAUUUAUAACUAUAGGCAUCGGAGUCACUCAAUUAUUUCGAUUAGAGAAACCAGGAACAAAAGUGCAUACCACUGAUCGAAUAAUUGAUUUAUCAAUGGACCACAAGAGUGGCGACUUGAAGCGAUAUGGGAAACCUUUGGGAUCUAUAUUCAUAGUAUUGGGAAUUUUGACGUUGAUUAUGGGGUUUAAACGAUAUUUUCACGUUCAACGAUUAUUAACAAAGUCAUAUUAUCCUGCUGCUAGAUUGGGUAUUGCUAUAUUAUUGUUUUUGAUUUUGAGUGUUGUUUUGGUGACGUUGGCUUUGGUGUUGCAAACAUCGCUAUUAUGA